GGACAUCACCCUGGGCUGCUCCUACGUGGAGGAAGAUGCAAGAGGCUUGCGGAGCGGCCCCGGCGGCUCGUCCUCCGAGCAUCCUGCUGUCCUCAUGCUGAGGGGUGUCAGCGCCAGAGAUGACGGGAACUUGGGUGAUGUAACUGAGUACAAAGUCCCACCGAAAAAUCCUGACUCCUCUUCUCCCCUUGUCUUUGAAGUCUCAGCCCAGUCGGUAUCCAUCCCACACGCUGAGUCCCUGCUGCAUGCCGACUGCGAAGGGAAGGAGGUGAACUGUGAGAUCUCCCUGUACAGCUCCCAGCAGGCUGGCAAGGGGCUCUGCCACACCUCCUGGUUCAUGGCCACGCUGCGACUCUCCAGCGGGAUCAGUAUCACCCUGGUGCUCAGAGGCCCCCGCUGCAGCAGCCGGGAGGAGGAGCAUGAUGCAACACUGCACCCAAUGCUGAGGAUUCCUAUGAGCGAGGAGGGGACAGUGCUGACCACAGUUGAAUUUCAGUCAUCAUCACGCAACACUUCCCUGCACACGCAUCCUGGCAGAUCGGUCACCCUUGACUGCCGCUUUGCCUUGGCUCCCAGCAACUCACUCUCCUCCUUGGAGUGGAGGAGGCAGCACCAAGGCAGCGGCCGUCACCUUUUCCAGUACCAGGUGGGGAGCACAGGCCCAGCAGUGCAGCCAAAAGUCCACGUGGAUAUGGGGGCACUGCUGGGGAAUGGAGAUGCAUCACUUCGCCUGGAAGGAGUGAGCGUGGAAGACGAAGGGACGUACAUCUGUUUGGUGUCCACCCCACUGCACCAGGCCCAGCACAUCAUCAAGCUGCACGUGGCCGUGCCUCCAAGAGUUCGUCUCCUUCCAGCAGUGGUAUCAUUCGAGAGAGAUGUGACGACUACUCUGACCUGCAACAUCGCUGGCUAUUACCCCCUGGAUGUCUCGGUGAGCUGGACACAGAAGACUCCUGAAGGUGAUGUGGAAAUCCCGCUCUCAAACACACGUUUCUCCAGCCACCGACAAAGCCAAGAUGGCACAUACAGCAUCACCUCCUACCUCAGCAUCAGCUCAGACACAGCGCGGGCACCAGCCACCUACAGCUGCCACGUUUCACACGUGGCCCUGGCAGAGCCCAUCUCUGUGAGCGCCCAUCUUAAGGCACCGGAGCAAACGGGAUCGGAAGGACUGAUGGGGGGUUUCAUUGCUACCGCCAUUUUCAUCGUUGUCCUCUUCAUCAUGCUCAGGAGAACAGCUAAACCAAAGUCUGAGCAACUUCUAAAGGCUUCAGAAUAGAGGAAACCCUUCUGUCACCCACCUGCAGUCCUUUGCCUUCCGUCCCUUGACCCAUCUUGCUCAGGAGAGCCAGCCCCGUCCAAAUAUUAACAGAGCUAUAGGAUGGUAUGGGAUGGGUAGGGCUGCCCGUGGUGGAGGAGCUGAGUGAACGUUCAGAGGUGGUCUCACAGAAAAACGUGUCUUCAUCUUGGGAGGGCAACAUGGAUAGCCUCAGCUCUUUGCUGGGAUGCUGCAUUACAGGCAACACACAUACAUUUUUAGAAAUGCCUCUUCUCCAGUUUCAGGGAAAAUUAAAUUGUAUACAGAUGAGUGUUUGUAUGACUGUAUAUAUGUAUGUGUGUAUACAGAUAUAGGUAUGUGUACAUGUUUUAAGUAGGUAAGCAACAUUUACAUGUGUAUGUGGGUAUGUAUCUGUAGAUGUGUAUGGGUACAUUUGGUUAAUGCCCAUGAGGCAAGUUUUUAAGUAAGAUACUUAUGUACAUAUGUGUUUUAACUGAGAAGUUGGGCAAAUAUGUAAGCAAAUUAGUAUUUCAAAAUGGUAAAUCCUCAAACAGAGGAAGUUAUGGGUUACACUUACCACAAAUCAAGCAAUCAGGAAAAUAUGACUCUCCAGGAGAAAGCUACAAUAAAAUUUUUAAUAGAAGUUUCACUGCCAGAAGAUGGAGAAGAUUUGUGGUUCUGCAGUUGUGAAAGACAGACAUCAUUAAACACUUCUCCUGCCUAACAGGGAAUUUGAGGGUAACACUUCAAAAUCUUGUAUAUAACCAACAGGGGGGAAAAAAAAAGCAGAAGGGAGGUGUGGAUAGAAAGGAUGUAUAUUACACACAAUAAAAGUGAGAAUUUAUGAAGCAUACGAGGGGGUAAAGAGUGUGCAAAAUAAUCUGGAAAAACUGGAUUGCUGCAAGUGCUAACGGCACUUGGAAGGAGUUUUUUCAAAACACAUUGAAAACCAAGAAAUGCUAGCAACGGCCUAGGCUCAUACUGGGUGGAUAUAGGUAAAAUGGUUGAUAGAGAGGAUUUUUGAUGGAGGAUUUUUGAUGAAAGAAGAUAGUUGUUUGUAUACAGAAAGAAACAGAACUGUGUAUUCAUGCCACGCGAGGAUGGUAAAAAACUUCCUAAUCUAUUUGUGAACUAAGGAAGGUUUUAACAGUGUCUAUUAAGUGUAAGCAUUUUCAGAAUCAUAAAAGAUUUGGCUGAGGAGGCACCUGGCCCAAUGGAGUUAGGUAUUUAAAAAUACUGGAGAAAUCCCAACAUCUUGGAGGAGUGUGUUGCGCCAGUGUUCACAAAGAGAAAGCGAGAUGACACCAACAACUGUUAGAUGGUUCUGUAGUAAUAACCAUAUGUAAGAGGAUGUGACGUUACUACAAGUAAGCUAACAAAGGCCUCAACAAUGAAAAUAAUGGCAAUAAUUCAGUACGUUUUUAAAAAAAAAAUUUGUGAGAAAUAAACCUGAUUUCAUUCUUUGACAAAAUAAUACAUAUGGUUGAUAAAAGCACUGGUUCAGAUUUAGCAAACCAAGGAAUUUUUAAUUCUGAAGAAAAAAUAAUGGUGUAUGUAUACAUCAUAAUUUGCAUGGUUUAUGGAUUAAUUUAUGGAUUAUUGAUUAAUUUAUGGAUUAUCAUAAUUGGUGGGUUAAUUACUAGCUGACAUACAAACGGCAAAAAUUCAUUGUCCAAAAAGAAGUAGCAAUCACUGCUGAAAGUGUGUGCCUCUCUGCAAGAACCAUGCUGUUUAUUAAUGUUUGCAUCAGGAGAUACAACUGUAAAAAAAGUUGUUGAUAACAUUUGCAAAGGGCAAGAUGAGUCGCUAAAGCAGAGGGAGUCCUUCAGGUCAACACAAGUCACCUGGCCAGCUGAAGAUACUCAAACAAGAUAAGAUGCUCAGUAAUGCCAGUGGAGUCUCCUCAGGUACUGGACCACCAUGCUGCCUCAAUGCUGUUGACCCACAAAUACCUAUUAGUUGCCUGACCUGUGGGAACAUGUGAGAGUGACCAUAGGCAGAAUGUAAUGGCUGGUGGAAGCAGUUUUUGCUUCUAUCAUUCCCUCUUCAUUUUUGAUGCGUUACCAAAUAAAUAUUUU